AUGAAAUUUAAAGAAUUUACAAUGUAAAUAACUAUAAGAUAAGUAAAUAAUUAUUUUCGCUUAAAAUUUCUAUUUUCAUUUUCCUAAUUUCUAUUUUUGUCUAUCAAGUUAUAGACUACUCUAUUAUUUCUUCUAUCAGAAAUAGCUUUAUUCAUAAAUAGAUAGAUAUUAAUCUGCUCUUCCACACUCAUUAUAAUUAUUUGUCUAAUUUGUCACUUCCCCUAAAAUUCUUCUCUAACUAUCCUUUUAAAUAGCUAACUAUAUUUUUGCAUUACAAUCCUAUCAAUCGUGGCUCAUUUAUUUUCAUUUAUUAAUAUCCCUUUACCUUAAUUAACAAUUUCUUAAGCCGGUUCAAAAUCUACUUCUUUUAAUACUCUUGGAAAAUCAAUAUUAAAACACAAACAUUACAUUCUAGAUUCAGUAGCAUUUAUUUAAUAGGUAGCCUUGAAUACCAUUUGUUCCACCCAUCCUUUUUAAUGUUCUACUGAAUUGAUGUGA